CCCCUUUCAGCCCCUACUCCCCUCAGGAACUCAGGGUUCCGGCCCUCCUCCCAAAUCCCAGCUACCCCUCCCCCAUCGGUUUCUCCCCUCCAGGGGAUGGAGGCUGAGAGACCCCAGGAAGAAGAGGAUGGUGAGCAGCAUCAGGGCCCCCAUCAGGAUGAGCAUGGCUGGCCCCCUGUGAACACCAGCAAUCGGCCUUGGCGAUCUGCUCCUCCGUCCCCUCCUCCUCCAGGGUCCCGCCACACAGCCCUGGGGCCCCGCUCGGCCUCCCUGCUCUCCCUGCAGACUGAGCUCCUUCUGGACCUGGUGGCUGAGGCCCAGUCCCGCCGCCUAGAAGAGCAGAGGGCCACCUUCCAUCCCCCCCAGAACCGUCCAAGCCUAGGCCGAGCCCUGCCCCGGCCUCUUGAGGACAGAGAACAGCUCUACAGCACCAUCCUCAGUCACCAGAGCCAGCGGAUGGAAGCCCAGCGGUCAGAGCCUCCCUUACCCCCAGGGGGACAGGAGCUCCUGGAGUUGCUGCUGAGAGUUCAGGGUGGGGGUCGAAUGGAGGAGCAAAGGUCCCAGCCCCCCACACACACCUGCUGAGACUUGAGCCCCACCAGCCCCUCUGCACUCCUGGGGCUCAAAAGCUGGGCAGCCCACUGCAUGCCCUCAACCCUGCCAGGCAGGGGCACCAGAGACUGGAAGACCCAGCAGAAAUCUCAAUAUUCAUCCACCUUUCCUGGGAACUGGAGCGGGUGAAAGUCCUCAAACCCUGGGAAUAGUCAAGGUAGGAUGGACAUUCAACUCCCUCCAUGACCAAGUAUGUAGGAGCUUGAGGCCAUGAGAGGAUCCCAGCCACAGUGGGACACCUCACCCUCUCCUCUGAUCUCAGGGAGUGGCUGGGAGUCUUGGUCCUGAACUGUGGGGACACCCCCAGUAGUCAAGCCACCAGGCAGGA